AUGUCUGGUAUAUACACUCUGCCUACUGUGAAAUCAUUUUUUGGGUUAGAUUUACGGACUGGUUCUAUGAUGAUUGCAGCAAUCAGCAUUAUACAUCCAAUGGCAUAUGGAUGUACAUUCUUCACGCCAAUGAGUUACCUCCUACUGACAAUAUGGAUUUUAGUCGCCUUGUAUUUUGCAGCCAGUGUCGCCUUGCUCUUCGGUCUUAUUUACGGAGAUAAAGUACUAUGUGACAUCUGGAUAUCGUACUCGCUAAUUUUCGUGGCAAUAAUGCUGUUCUUAAUGAUAUUGCUCGCUAUCGUUUUUGCAUCAAGAAGACAGAGGAGCAGGGUCUUCAUAGUCAUUUUAGGAAUGCUUUAUUACAUAUUAACAAUCUACUUCAUAAUCGUGGUAAAUAGUCAAAGUGAAAAUGUUGGUAAGGUUAAUAGAAAAAAAUUAUAA